AUGGGAUGUGGAGUCACAAAAACAAGUGAAUUCAAUAAAAGAUGUGACAGAGGUACAUUUAUUGCAUUUAAUAUCAAUGCAAUGAAGGCUGCUGUGCUGAUCCAGCGUUGGUACCGGCAAUAUGUGGCCCGCAUGGAGAUGAGACGCAGAUAUACCUGGAACAUCUUCCAGUCCAUGGAGUACUCAGACCUACAAGACCAGAUCAAAUUAUACAAUUUUCUUGGUUACCUGGUAGAUAACUUCACUCCUUCAAGCAGUGAACGAAACUUGAUCUCACAUAUCUUCAGAGAAAACGAAGUGUGCCGAGAUGCAGAGUGGGAGAGAUAUUUCAGCUACACCAAUAUUGAUGUGCCAGACAUCUACUCUGGCCCACGGCUAACCUUUCCACUGGAUAUGGAUCAAGCUGCUGAUCUUGUAGAGGCUUUUAAAAACAAACAACAGCUUCACUCUCGUUACGUUCUUCAGCUUCUUCUGGAAACAUGGAAGUUGCUCCGAGGGUUGCCAAAUAUCAACCGAGUCUCUACAUGCCAUAGCAAAGAAAUCACAAUUUGUGGUGAUUUACAUGGACAAUUAGAGGACUUGCUACUAAUAUUUUACAAGAAUGGAAUGCCAUCACUGGAGAAACCCUACGUUUUCAAUGGAGACUAUGUGGACAGAGGCAAAGAUUCUAUAGAGAUUCUCCUCAUAUUGUUUGCUUUCCUACUUGUGCAUCCUGGAGAUGUUUAUCUUAAUCGAGGAAACCACGAAGAUCACAUAAUUAACCUGAGGUAUGGCUUUACCAAAGAAGUGCUGGGGAAAUACAAGAUGCAUGGAAAGCGUAUCCUCAAGUUGCUUCAAAAGAUCUUCAGCUGGCUGCCCUUAGUGACAGUAAUUGAUCACCGGGUGCUGGUUGUCCAUGGAGGGAUUUCAGAUACCACAGAUCUGGCUCUGAUAGCCCGAGUGGACAGACACAGAUAUGCGUCUGCCCUGAGGCCUCCAAAGAAGACAAAUGCAUCACGCAGUAAUCUAUAUACUGAUACAGAAAUUAAUGAGAUGAUCUUCUGUACGAACAGACGGGGCUCCCUGACUUUUCCAAAACAGUUUUGCUCUCGGGACAGUUUCCAGAGACGUUCCCUCCAAGACUUCUCAUCCACUGUGGCUCGAACAGUUGAGGAGGAGUUAGAAGUCCGGCGAAGACAAGCAGAGUUUAGCCUGUCUUGCUUCAGCAAGUCUCACAACAAUCUGAACUCCCUGUCCUCUGAGUCAGAUCCUGACUCUUCAGAAAACACAGAAACCAACAAUGAAGAGUGGAAACAGAUCUUGGACCUGCUGUGGAGUGACCCCAUGUCUCAGGAUGGCUGCGUUCCCAAUGAGAUCAGAGGUGGAGGCUGUUAUUGGGGACCUGAUGUCACAGAGGACUUUCUGAACAGACACAGUCUCCAGCUCAUCAUUCGUUCACAUGAAUGCAAGCAGGACGGAUACGAGUUUUGCCACAAUCGUAAGGUCCUCACCCUUUUUUCAGCCUCUAACUACUAUGAUGUUGGCAGCAACAGAGGAGCAUUUGUCAGACUGGGUCCAGAUCUAGUGCCUUACUUUGUUCAGUAUCGGGCUACCAGUAUGACCCGAGGGCUGAACUUUCCACAAAGUGUAAAACGCACAGAGCACACUGCUCUCAAAGUCCUAAGAGAGCAACUGUUUGCACACAAGUCACAGCUCAUCAGUGCCUUUCAAGAGUUUGAUAAGGAGAAAACAGGACUGAUCUCUUUAAACAACUGGGCCAGCGCAGUUGAGCAAGUUCUUCACCUGGAUCUUCCCUGGAGAGUGCUCCGUCCUCAGCUAGUGUCCGGUACCACUGACAGUAUGCUGAACUACUACUGCUGGUUCCGUGACCUUGCCCUUAAAAAGCCAAGCUCUGUGAACGUUGAGCAGACGUUGCUGGAGACACUGUACAGACAUCGCUCCACCCUGGAGACCAUUUUCAGAAUAGUAGACACAGAUAAUUCAGGUCUUAUUUCUUUUGAGGAUUUCCGUCAGACUUUGAAACUGCUCAGUGCCUAUCUAAAAAUGGAGAUUUCUGAUGAAGCCAUAAAUGACUUGGUUAUCAGCACAGACACAAAUAAUGAUGGUAGCAUUGACAUUGAUGAGUUCAUGGAGGCUUUUCGGCUGGUAGACAGGACCAGAAUUGAGAGAAGCAGAAGUCUACAGAUGAUGUUCAAGCAAGAAAAUCAAGACCAACCUCAGGAGGAAGAAACUCAACAGACUGCGGAUUCUGCAGAUUCACAGACUGCAGUUUCACAAAAUGCAGAUUCUGCAGUUUCACAAAAUGCAGAUUCUGCAGGUCAACAGACUGCAGAUUCUCCAGACUCACAGACCGCAGAUUCUGCAGGUUCACAGACUGAAGAUACCUGCCACAAUUCUCUUGUUCCACCACAAUAACUGUUGACAAAUUAGAUUGUGUAAAAUGUAGCCUUCCCAUUUGCAUGUAUCCCUCUAGACAAUUUUUAUUUGGUAUGCUCAAAUUAGGAUGUAAUUAUUGUAUAGGACCCUCUUGGGUGGACAGCCUCAAUCUCAUGGGGUUUCACAUAGUGCUGGUCUUGAGGGCUGCCGUGAGCUACUGUAUGUAUGAAUCUUGAUUUCUUCACCGAAUAUAAAACCCAUGUUAGCUUUAGGUUCAAUUUGAAAAUGCACCUACUGUAGAUAUUCUGUACUCAGCCAAUGAAUGUUCUCCAUCUUCUUUCACUGUAUUACAAGCUGCUGAUCUCAAGGAUUCUUACAUGUUCUCUUUCCUAUCUCCUCUGGUCAGGAUAAUGGCCUCAACAAAUAUUUUGUAUCUCUGACACUAUGAAUAAACUGAA